AUGGUCGGAAUUAGCACUAUAGAGAAUGUAGAAUUCAGUUUAUUAGGUGAUAAGGAUCAUGAAAAAAAUGCGCAUAUGGAGAUACAUAGUUAUGAACUAUUUUUACCUGGAGGACAGCCGGUCGAUGGUGGAAUUUAUGACCUAAAACUCGGUACAACGGAUCAUAGCUAUCUCUGUGCUGUUUGUCAGAAUGGGAAGAAAAAAUGUCCAGGCCAUAGAGGAUAUCUAGCUCUUAAAGCUGGG